CCUCGGUGUGGAGCAGCAGUCAUGGCCGCAGGACGCGCAGCUCUCGUCCUGCUGUGUCUGAGUCUCCGCCGCGGCGGCUCCUUCAACCUGGACGCCGACCGGCCGGUCGUGUUCUCCGGGCCGGAGGGCAGCUACUUCGGCUUCUCGGUGGACUUCUUCAACCCGCCGAACAACAAGAAGUCAGAUGUUCUUGUAGGAGCUCCUCGGGCCAACACCACCUUCCCCAGCAAUGUAGAGGAGAGAGGAGCGGUGUACAGCUGUCCCUGGGAGAGCUCCACCUGCCAGCAGCUGCAGUUCGACAGCACAGAUGACAGGAAGAAUAACGAAGGAGCUCAGAUGGAGUUUAAAUCCAAGCAGUGGUUCGGUGCCUCAGUACGAUCUGAUGGAGAACACAUCCUGGCCUGUGCUCCUCUUUAUCAGUGGUCCACCUUCGGCGUCAAUGAGCGAGAGCCGGUGGGAACGUGUUACCUGAAGAAAGGAAGCAUGGUGGUGGAGUACUCGCCCUGCAGAUCGGAUGCCAACUCACCUGAGGGGCAGGGCUUCUGCCAGGCCGGCUUCAGUGUCGACUUCCUGAAGAAGAACAACAAAGUGGUGGUGGGAGGACCCGGCAGCUUCUACUGGCAGGGUCAGCUGAUUUCAGACGAUGUCUCUGAGAUUUUUGCCCGGAUUGGUAAUGAGUACAUCACUUCGUAUGGUAACACCCUCACUACCAAGUCGGCCAGCGCUAAGUACGAUGACAGUUACCUAGGAUACUCUGUGACGGUCGGAGACUUCAACGAUGACGGAAAAGAAGAUUACGUGACCGGAGUACCUCGAGGAGACCAGGCGCUGGGUUAUGUGAACAUCUUCAACGGCCUCAACAUGGCGUCCAUGGUGAACUUCACAGGAGCACAGAUGGCGGCCUACUUUGGUCACUCGGUCGCUGCUACAGAUGUUAAUAAUGACCAUCUGGUGGAUCUGUUGGUUGGAGCUCCUCUCUUCAUGGACAGAGGGCCCGAUGGGAAACUGAGGGAGGUGGGACAGGUGUCAGUGUACCUGGGUCGAGGUGGAUUCUCCUUCCAUCCACCUCAGAUGCUCACAGGGUCGGAGGUUUACGCCAGAUUCGGCUCAGCCAUCACAGCGCUGGGAGACCUGGACAUGGACGGAUACAACGAUGUGGCCAUCUCUGCUCCUUAUGGAGGCCCCGACCGUUACGGCCUGGUCUACAUCCACAACGGUCGUCCUCAGGGGCCUGACCCCGUCCCCUCUCAGGUCCUUCAGGGGAAGUGGGCGUCCAGCUACAUGCCUGCUAGCUUUGGAUACUCCAUGAAUGGAAACAUUGACAUAGAUAAGAAUGGAUAUCCAGAUUUAAUAGUGGGAGUGUUCGGAGCAGACAAAGCUGUUUUAUACAGAGCUCGUCCAGUGAUCAGUGUGAACGCCACGUUAGACAUGACGCCUCAGAUCAUCAACCCGGAGGAAAAGACGUGCACACUUCCUGGUACCUCCACUCUGGUGUCCUGCUUUAAGGUGAAGUACUGUCUGAAGGCCAGCGGUCGUGGAGCUCCAGCUUCUCUCAAUUUUCGCGUGGACCUCCUGUUGGACCGCCUGAAGCAGACAACUAAACGCGUCCUCUUCCUGUACAGCCAGACCUUCCAGUACGCCAAGAACAUGACGGUGCUCAACGGGAAAGGGCCGGCCUGCGAGGAGCAGCAGGUCUUCCUCCAGGACGACCAAAAGUUUCGGGAUAAGAUCACUCCCAUCUCCGUGCUGAUGGAGUACAGUCUGGACUACCAGCAGGCCGCAGACACGACCGGACUGCUGCCCAUCCUCGACAUGUCGGCUCCGUCCAACGUCACCAAGUAGGCCCACAUCCUGUUGGACUGUGGAGACGACAACAUCUGUAAACCUGACCUGAGGUUAACUGUGAAGAGCGACCGCAACCAGAUCUUCUUCGGUGACGACAACGCUCUGACUCUGGAGAUCACCGCUGAGAACCUGGGAGAGGGAGCCUACGAGGCCGAGCUCCACGUCUUCCCUCCACAGCAGGCCGACUACACCGGAGUCGUCCGCAGUCAGACCCUCAACAGGUUGUCCUGUGCUUUCAAGAAGGAGAACCAGACCAAGAUGGUGGUGUGUGACCUGGGAAACCCCAUGAAGGGAGGAACCAAGGUGCUGGCGGAGUUGCGGUUCAGCGUGCACCAGCUGUUGGAGGAGGACACCUCGGUGAAGUUUGACGUGCAGAUGGUCAGCUCAAAUCAGUUCAACAACAUGAGUCCUCGAGUCUCCAGCGUCACCAAGCUGGCUGUCCUCGCCAAAGUCUCCAUCAGAGGGUCCUCGUCUCCUGUUCAGGUGUUGCUCCCCAUCGCCAACUGGAAACAUAAAGAGCCUCCUCUGGCCGGAGAAGAUAUCGGACCACAGAUAAAACACGUCUACGAGCUCCUGAACAGCGGGCCCAGCACCAUCAGUAAGGCGGAGCUGGUGGUGGAGUUCCCGUACCGGUACAAGAACGGGUCGCUGCUCUACAUCUACAACUUAGAAACCGACGGACCGAUCAACUGUACCUCGAACCGGGAGAUCAACCCGCUCAAAUUGCCGAACCAGAAAUCCUCGGAGAAGAACACCACCAGGGAUCCCUCCAGAGGAGAGACGGAGGGACGGAACCGGAACCACGUCCGCAAGAGAGACCUGGAGUCCAGAGACACACAGAACGACGUGCAGACACUGGACUGCAUCACUCCUGAUGAGUGUCAGCAGAUCAAAUGUCAGGUGGGUCGUCUGGAGAGGAAGAAGAACGCCAUCCUCUUCAUCUCCUCGUGGCUGUCCGUCAACAACUUCCUGAAGUCGGAGAAUCAGAAUCGCUCGUACGUGGUUCGGUCAACGGCGUCCUUCAACGUCAUCGAGAUGCCGUACAAGAACGUGCCGAUAGAUUUUCCAUCCAACAGCACCACGGUGAGUGUGUCGGUGACGUGGUUGGCGGACACUCCUCAGCCGGUUCCUGGUUGGGUCGUUGCUCUGGCGGUUCUGUCUGGACUGCUGCUGCUGGCGCUGCUCAUCUUCAUCAUGUACAAGCUGGGCUUCUUUAAGAGGGUACGCCCCCCCCAGGAGGACUGCACUGAGAAGGAGCAGCUGCAGCCGGAGGAGAACGGGAACACAGACGCCUAGAGGUCAAACUGUGUGUGACCUCAGAGGAACAUUCAGGGUAACGGGCGGCGAGGAGGCGGAUCCUCUGAGGUCACUGCUCAGAGACAGGAAACACUUCUGGGUUAAGUUUUAUUUUACUAAUCAUGUUGUGUUUGUGACAAACGAGAAGCUCCACCUGAGUUUAGUCACACAUGAUCCUCAAAGCUCUACAUCAAUAUUAUAGAGAUGAGGCUACAGUACGGUUAGCUUAGCUUAGCAUAGCUUAGCAUAGAGACGUCUGAAGCUCAUGGAUGAACAUCAUUAAUCUGUAAAAACAGUUUGUUUGAUUCUUGUGUGUUGAUCAGUGAGAUGUUUCCUGUUUCACAGAGCCAGGCUAGCUGUUUCCCCCGUUUCCAGUCUUUAUGCUAAGCUAAGCUAACCAGCUGCAGCUUCAUGUUUAACGCUUCAGACAUCUCACUCCUCCCAAAAGGACGUCUGAUGUUUGUUACAUGCACGUGCAGGUGAUGGCCUAAGAAUUUAUUUGCACGCGUAUUUUCUUUUUUUACGAAACCCAAAGUGAUUAAGUAACUGAGAGUCCAGAACUGCUGAUAGAUUUAAGUUGGUUUUUUUUCAACCUGCCCUGAUCAACAACACUGUUUUCUAGAAUAAUUAGAACUGUAGUUUAACUUCUGUGGUGUUUGUAAAGAUCAGGAUCUGGUCUGAGAUUAGAUUCUGUGUUUAAAUCAACAGGAGAGCAAGUAACGUUAGACGUGGAGGUUCCUCCAUCAGCUUCCUGUCUAAAAUCAUCUUCUCUUGAUAUAAUGUUUGAAAGGAUGUUUGAAAUGAAAGUUUAAAUGUUCCAAUGUGUUCAGCCACAGUGGAGACGUUACUGUGUGAAGUCGUAUUGAGGAUUAAAACAUCGGCAGACUUUAAAAUAUUGACCCAGUGAGAACAUGAGAUCUAUUAUUUGUCAUAUUUAGAUAAUAUAAAGCUGGAGAACAUAGAGACACUAACACUAGUCCUCCCGGGUUCCAUGUUAUAUAUUCACAACAAUAAAAAACAAACUUCAGACAAAGUAAAUAAAAUAAUUGAACUUAUUUUGCGAAUGAGCACAAAACUUCUUAAAAAAAUAUAUAAACGUCAAUGAGGAUAAAGCUGUUAAAGAUACAGAUGAGGUGACGAACCAGGGGAUUGUGGGUAAUAAUUACAGCCUUUUGAAAUGAUUAAUUGUGUUUUUCUGCCGUGUCUGUGAGUCAGCAGUGACUCAGCGUUCUGACUAGAUGAGUCAGCAUUAAGUGAAAGGAAUCAGCUGAUCUGCUGCAUUCAGGCAUCUGUUUUUGGGUAAAGAUGGUUUGGUUUCUCUGAUGUGGGUGAUUUAAUGUUACAGUAAUAUAUUUACUCUGAUAUAUUCUCUUUGCUUUGUGUUUUGGGGGGGUGCUGGUUUUUUGUGUUUUAUUUUGUAUUUUUUAUGUAUUUUCUACAAAACCAUGAUGAUGAUCAGAAAACGUGAGUCCGACUCAAUUCAACAAGAUCUACAAUACGUUUGUUGUUGUUCAGAAACUUAUGUUCAAUGCAAAGUGAUGCGUUUGUAAAAUAUUAAACUUGAACUGUUCGCUAAGCCCCGCCCCCUGAAUGGUGAUGUCCAAUCACAGCUAAGCACGACAGCUCGGUUGGUGUUCUGUUUUCACAACAACGUCCAAGAAGCGUUUUAAAUGAAAGAUAGUGAGUGAUCAAACAUAAGCUGCUGUUAGCACGUGGAGCUAGCCAGCUAGCUUACGCUCCACUGUAGUAACCAGACUGUCUAGAAGAAGUCUACGGAGUCAUCUUUAGGUCUCUCAGUGGUUUGUGGACGUUUUGAAGCCUUGAGUUCAGCGAUUUGGCCGUCGCCAUCUUGGAAUUCGCAACUUCAAUAAUUUUUUUCUUUAUGGUCUGUUUGACUCUAAAUGGAGCAUCAUUUACUAAAUGAACAUCAUGCUGUAUUGAAGAAGACUUGAAACUAGAGAUUGAGACCAUAAACUCAUGUUUACAAUGUUUACUGAGGGAAUAAAUCAAGAGAGAAGUAGAGUCAUUUUCUCAUAGACUUCUAUACAACCAGAGGAGUCGCCCCCUGGUGGACAGCAGAGAGAAUGCAGCUUUAACACAGGAAGCUUUGACUUCACUUUAAAGAACCAGAGGUUGUCUCUAUGCACAUAUUUCUGAAAAAGAGCUUCUCAAUAUGGGAUUUCAGACACAACCUUAAACUCUGAGCUCAAUUCAUUUGUUUUCACUUAAAUAGAAAUUCAAAAUCAACCAGGAAUGAAAUCACUGACACGUCUGACCCUGAGAAGAAGUCCACGUCUUUUAUAAAGUCAAUGUUUUUAUAAAGGAAUCAGCUGGAAAACAUAUUGGAUGUAUUUUUUAAAUAUGACAGAAAGUAUAUACGGUUAAUCAGCCGUCGUUAUCCUCGUUGUAAACGGCACAAGAACAGACAGAUUUACCCGCGUAGCAACGGUAUCUGAGGAGGGCGGGGCUUAACGGACGGUCACUGUUCUUCCUCUUUAUUGUUUUUUUUAAAAAGUCAUAUUUUUCCUGAGUGGCAGCUUUGCUGAGAACAAAGAUAAAGCAGGUCGUCGUUUUGUGUGUGUGUGUGUGUGUGCGCAUUAAAAAAGACAAACUUCCAUGAAUUUACCCAUAUUGGGUUUUGCAUCAUGAAUUAAUGUUAAUGCUCAUUUUAAAGAUAUAUAUAUUAAUCCAAUUAACAAUCAGAAUGAAAUAACUCAACACUUUUAGCAGAAAUCCGUUUUAUUUUACUGUUUACAUGUUUGUUUGAUCGCUUUGUCAGAAGUUAAGGAUUCACUGUUUAGUGUCUCAGAAUGACUCCAAACACAACCUCACUUCUCUGUUCACUGAUUUAAUCUGAUCACAUGUUUAGUAUAUCGGCGUCUUUACUCGUAAAGUUUUCACUUAAAUCCACUCAGUCGCUUCAUCCUGAAAUAUCCGUCGUUCUCGUUGUAGAAACAUCUGAAUAAUUACAAUUGUUUGGAGGAGUGUUAAUAAAAUGGAACCUUCCUGAGGUGAGCAGCCUGAUCUGAGGUCUGUUGUUUGAAGGUUCUUCUGAGUUUUAUAUUUAAUACCGCCGUGUUUUCUUUCUGCCUUCAGAACAUAUGAACUAUUUUUGAUGUACGUAUUCUUUCACCUAGAGAAUGAAAAACAAGUAUUUCAUAAAGAGAUGAUUUCACCUUUAAACUGAAAUAAACUGUUUUGUUCACAUUA